GCCAAAUCGGCAUUCGGAGAGAGGAACGACUUACGAAGACCUUGGCAGAAUAACUCAGAGCUAUGGCGGAAGGCCACCCCAGAAGACUUCUCGAGCUGCCGCUAGAGGACAAGCUGAGCCACAAGUCUGGAAAGCCCGUAUGAUGGGCUACGAAGAAGCUGCUAAACUAUUCAGACGAAUCGACGACGAGAAAAGCUCAGAGUACACAAGUUCAUCCGGAUGAUCAAAAAAUGUGUGUGUGAGACUAACGCGAUGCCCAGGAGAAGGCUCUCGGAGCCACUCUGGCUUUUGUAGAGUGUGCUGCUAUUGCUGAUAGGACCUGUGAAGCAGUGGUGGCUGGAAUAGUGACAAAGUGUCUCAACGCCAGACCCAAGACGAAACAAGGCGGAUUGACGUCUGUCUCAUGUACACCGAAAUGGAACAACAAGCUGUCGUCCAGGAAGAGAUAACAAAAGGACUAACAAACAAGCAACCUAAGAUUGUCACAGCUUGUGUCUUUGUCCUAAGAACGAUGCUUACCGAGUUUGGGGCAAAGGUGGUGAAUAUGAAACAGCUGCUGAAAUCAAUGCCGUCCAUGUUUGAACACAGCGACAAGAAUGUCAGAGCCGAGGGCAAACGACUAGCAGUAGAGGUGUAUCGGUGAUGGGUCCACCCCAUCAGAGGCAUCCUCGACAAUCGCUCAACCGUACAGAUGAAGGACUGGACGGCGAGUGGGCAGAGUGUCUGACCAGCAGUUCCAAACCGCCGCCAUCAUGAUCACAACAGGAAACAGCUGCUGUAGUGUCUGCCGGAGGUGGAGGGGGCGGGGCUGAUUCUGGUGGAGAUGUGGGCGGGGAAGUGGGCGGGGCCUCAGAUGGAAUUGACCCCUACGACCUUUUGGAUCCCGUGGAUGUACUGGGUGAACUACCAAAGGACUUCUACACCAGAAUUGCCGAUACGAAGUGGAAAGAGAGAAAAGAAGUCCUGGAGCUUGUUCUGCCACUGUCUCAGUCUCCCAAGAUUACUCCCGGUGACUUCACCGAACUGUUGAAGGCUCUGAAAAAGGUGAUCACGAAGGACAGUAACGUGAUGGUGGUGGCAAGUGGCAGGUACAUCGUUGCUGGAUUGGCCACCGCCUACGCAAGGCUUUCCAGAGCCCACGCCCCUUCAGAUCUUGCUGGAAUAUUUGAGAAGUUCAAAGAGAAGAAGCAGAUGGUCGUAGUGGCUCUCCGGGACGCUGCAGACGCCGCAUACCUCUCAACCACUCUCGGAGGUAUCCAGGAACAGAUCCUGGAAGCCCUCGAAAACAAAAACCCAAACGUCAAGUCGGAAACUCUCCUCUUCGUGUGCCGCUGCUUCCAACAGUGCACAGCUGCUAUGCUCCCAAAAGCCUCUCUAAAGGCCUUCUGCCCGCCCAUUAUAAAGCAAAUCGAGAGUGCUGAUCCGAACGUCAGAGAAGCGGCGUUUGAAUCCAUCGCCACCCUCCUGAAGGUUGUGGGGGAGCGACCUAUGAACCUGUACAUCGAGGCCAUCGACAAGACAAAAAUGGCAAAGAUUCAGGAGCACAAAGAGAAAGUGGAGCUAAAGAUAAAAGUCGGUCUCAUCUCCAGCCCCAUGACAAAACAGAAAUCAGCCGCCAAAACAAAGGCUGAACCAGCCAGUACAUCAACACCAACUGAUGCGGCACCAAAGAAAGGGGGACCUUCAGCAGCCAAAACGCCGCUAGAAUUAUCCGUCGGUGACGGCGAUGAGCAACCCAAACCGGUGAAAAAGAAGCCUGCACUCUCGAGUCAGAAACGACCGGCAAAAAAAACGGGAGACGACGAAGAAAUUUCGGAGAAAUUGUCUGAAAAGGAAGGCGGGGGUGAGGGAGGUGGAGGGGACGAUAGUACGCUUCUUGAUUUCUCAUUUGGUGAUGAUGUCGCCGAAAAGCCCCACAAGAAGAGGCCCGUGUUGUCCAGCACAAAGAACCCUCCGAAAAGACGGUCGAAGAAGCCAGGCGAGGAAGAUGGUGGAGAGGGAGAGGGAGAGGGGGAGGAGAAUGCUAAACCUGCACAGAAGGCUCCUACGAAGCCCCCGGCUGCAGAAAGUGAUCCGUCGCCACAACCAAAAGCAGCUGCCAAGUCGCAGAAGAAGAAGCCAGCUGCUUCCUCCGGAGGUGGAAAGGGAGGUGGAAAGGGAGGAGGGAAGGGAGGGAAAGCGGGAGGAGGAGGGAAGGGGAAAGGAGGCAAAGAUGAGGCUCCGGAUCCUCCUGAACCCGCCAUUUCAUCGGAAGAACUCGAUGAUAAAGCCAAUGAGGUCCUCCCGCCUGGACUCCUGGCACGUUUUGAAGACCCGAAAUGGAAAGAGAGACUCGAAGCAUGCGAGAAACUAAAACAGUUUGUAGAGGGGUUGCCAGGAGACGAGAUGCAGUCACUGUUGAUGAUCAAAGUGCUGGCACGGAAACCAGGCUGGAAAGAUAGCAACUUUCAGGUGAUGAAGGGGAAGUUUGCCGUGGUGGGGGUGUUAGCCGAGCGGGCCGCCGUAUUUGGAAGAAGAUCAACCAACGCUUGUCUUCCUGCUCUUGUGGAUAAGCUCGGAGACGCAAAGGUGAAGCCGGUGUGCGUGGAGGUCCUGAUGCUGAUAGCAGAGAGAAUGACGCUAAACUACACCAGUAUGCAAGUGAUGAAGGCUUCCUUCGAACAUAAGAGUCCAAAGGUUCAUUCGGAGUCACUGGACUGGCUGAAAGAGGCACUGACACAGUUUGGGUUUCUGAUUAAUCUGAAGCCACAUAUUGACUUUAUCAAAAAGGGAUUUGGAGCCUCGAAUGCUGCAGGCGUCACCUCAGCCUAUAACCCUCUCCUCAGUCACAGUGUACCGUCAUGUUGGAGACCUCAGCUGAGGAUGUUCUCUUUUCUUCGAGAUGAGAACCUGCUCUUUGAAACACAUCGACGAGGCUUGUGAAAAAUGUCAGGUCCGAGUCCGCCAGCUCCGACUAGAGGACCUAAUGUUGGAGGAGA